GGUCAAUAUGUCAACAAUGCCGAAUACCAGUCGCGUCGACUCCACAUCUCAAAACGUCACGGUGAACCAGCAAUGCUUAAACUUUGUAGCCGCCACUAUGAUGAACGGAUCUGGAAAGUUUCUUGCUCUGAUUUCGGCAUACGUUCUUAGCAGGGUCGUACACCACCUUUUGAGGCCUUUAUCUCAACCUUACAUAACUUCUGAUCUUCUCAUAGGGCUAAUUCUUGCUACCCUACCACCUGUACGUGACGCCUUUGCGAAUCAAUUCACUCUGACUUUGGACAAUAUUGUUGACUUCGGCAUGAUCUGCUACAUGUUCGUUUUGGGUCUAGAAAUGGACCCUUACGUGAUCUUCAAAUCACCAACUCGCCAUGCAAUGGUGGCCUAUGCUGGAACGCUCACCACAUUGAUCAUUGCAACCGCUAUAACUCCAUGGCUGCAUUAUUCAAGACAUACAAACAUAGUCACCUUCACCAUCUCGCUCUCCAUCCAUCUCUCCGGUAGUGGCUCUCACAUACUGACCCGCCUCAUAACCAAUCUCAAAAUAGGCAAGUCAGACAUAGGAAAGCUUGGAAUUGGUGCAGGGGUGCACUCUGAUAUGAUCACUAUGUUUUUCCUCUCCAUCGGUUAUAUUUUCGUUCCAACGGGGGACUUUGCAAGUGCUCAAGAAGGAAUGAAGGGUGCCAUCAAAGUGGGUUCUGCACUUGUGAUCCAGACAAUAGUCGCGGCAAAGAUUUCACCGAUCUUCAUGAAUUGGGUUAACAACGAAAACCCUGAAGGAAAGCCCCUGAAAGGCUCACACCUAGUGCUCUCAAUGGCCUUCAUGGCCGUCAUAUGCACCUGUGCACCGUGGUACGGUUACAACUCCUUCAUGAGUGCGUUUAUGGCAGGGCUUUUCCUACCAUCCGAGGGGCGAAUAUCGAAAUGGGCGAUUAACAAAAUCAACUACUUGCUAAGCACACUGUUUUACCCACUUUUCUUCUUUUGGGUGGGGCUUAAAGUUGAUAUCUUAAGUUUUCGAGCAGGCCACAUAGACACAUGGGGAAGGUUUUUUUCUCUUGUAUUUAUCACAACAGUUGGGAAAGUCGCUGGAACAGUCAUCUGCGGAUUGCUGUUAGGUUACCACUGGCCAGAAUUGGUAGCACUUGGUUUACUUUUGACAGCAAAGGGUCAUUUUCACAUAUACUUUGCUAUUUAUGGACUCAGGAAGGAAAUCAUCGACAUGACAACCUGCAUCUCGAUGGUGAUUGUGGUCUUCUUAACGAUUGUGCACACACCAUUUCUUGUGAAGCAUAUAAUCGAACGUGCAAGGCAACGGGUACCAAUUCACCGGAUGGCUCUUCAGUGGCUUGACCCUUCCAGCGAACUUAGAAUCUUGCUGUGCGUCCAUGGACCUCAUAAUUUGCCUUCCACAAUUAACUUAAUGGAGAUCUCUAGAGGCACACCUGAGCCUGGACUUCUGGUUUACGUUACAGACAUGAUUGAACUCACGGAGCAAUUAGCUGCAACGCUGGUGCAGGGUGAAGGAGUGGACAGCAUGACGAUAACCGACAAGUCGGUGACAGAAAUGAGAGAUCAGAUCGGUCAUGCUUUUCAAGCUUACAUAGAUGACAAUGGCGGUGGUAUUACGCUUAGCCGAAUGCUUGCACUUUCAACAUUCAGUGGCAUGGCACAAGAUCUCAGCGUUCUAGCAGAGGACUUGAUGGUUUCCCUUAUUUUAUUGCCGUUUCAUAAGAGACUGAAUGCGGACGGUACACUUGAUGGAGGGCAUCCUGGUUUUAGAUACGUAAAUCGUAAGCUGCUUAGGAAUGCCCCAUGUUCUAUUGGAAUUUUGGUGGACAGAGGUUUUGGAUCUAUCGAGAAAAUAUCAAGAUCAUCUCUAACCAAUGUGGCAAUCAUUUUCAUUGGGGGCAAAGAUGAUCGAGAAGCACUGUCCUAUGCUGGUCGCGUAGCACGGCAUCCUGGAGUAAAGCUCACUGUAAUAAGAUUCCUAGUAGACAAAACUUCAGAAAAUGCACCGAGGAGAGUGAAUCACAGAGCAAGUGUGGCAGAGCAAGAAGAAGAGAUGAAGCUUGACGACGAGUGCUUUGCUGAAUUCUACGAGAGAUAUGUAGCAGGUGGGAAAGUCGCUUAUAUGGAGAAGCAUCUUGCAAAUUCAUCUGAGACCUACACUAAUCUUAGGUCUUUGGGAGGGCAAUAUUCCCUCAUCAUUGUAGGGCGAGGUGGGAGAGUAAAUACUGUGUUGACACUGGGACUUAAUGACUGGCAACAAUGUCCAGAAUUGGGUCCUGUUGGGGACGUACUUUCAGGGUCUGGUUUCGCAUGCCAGACCUCCAUUUUGAUCAUCCAGCAGCACAGUAUUAAAGGACAACUAGAUGGCCUAAGUGAUGAGUUCUCCAUUAUGUAAACGGCAAUGCUAGUUAGGUAGGUUUAAACCAAGCCAGAUUAUUUGUAGAGAUGUAGCCGGUAGGAAGAAGAAAAAUAUACAUUCUUUCAUCCACACUUGAAUUCCAGACAUUGUCAACUCAAGAAAACGCGCAGCAACAAUGCUCGGACACUAAUGAAUUCACUAUGCGUUCCAAAACAGAAAUAACCUUCCUUCAUACUUUCCUUUGAUGACAUCACUAUGGGCUCGGAGGCUUAUUCCUGUACCGGAAUGGCACCUUGCAGCCGUUCAUGGAACUGUCACACCUGAGCUCUUAAAUCAAAGGACUACGAAGGGCAAAUCAAAUUAAUGAAGAAAAUGAACUAUUAACGAAAUUUCAUAUGCAAUGAUGCAGAUAUUUGUAUUGCCCUCAAUUCAAGCCGAUAACUCCUAUUGUGGUGAAUGUAAGAUAAGCCUUUGUAUCUAAUUAUUACGUGCUACCAAAAUGAUUGACAUACCUCACAUUAGAGAACUGUGAAACUCAUUCCAAAACAUUCAGUAUGCAGACCCUCCUAUAAUUAAAAAGUAUGUCCUUUCUCAAGAUUAUAUAUGGUCAAUUUCAAUUGACCUGCUCCUUUCAGACCGUUUCACAACUCCCUAUUGGCUUAACCAUAUUAUUUACUCUAGAGAUGCUGCUUCCUUCAAAGAACAUUCUGAAACCCUGCUAUAUUGACGAUGCCAAUUUCAAUCAUUCCAGAAGUACAGAACCAUGGAUCACUGAAGCACGAAGCAUGAACCACAACACGAAGCAUGAAGCAUGCAUACCUCAAUUAGAUGGAACAACAAAACAAAUGCCCAGGCAGAUAUGAAAUACUGCAAUUAACUAGCAAGUACCAUCAGGAACCACAUAAUCAAUUCACAGAUAAGUAAAAUAUGGUAAGGGAUCAGCUUAGUUAGAAAAACUAUAAUACAGAAUGCAGAAGGUUUUUGUUUCUUGAACUGCUUCAAGACAGACUUCAUAAAACUGUUGUGACAAAAGUCUCAAUAAGAUAAAUUGCUGCUUUUGAUGCAUCACAACUGUCAAAAUGAGAAAGAUGUCUCAAAGUAAUAGGUUCACUUCCUUUUAAAGUCAGAACAUAAA